CUCAUGGAAAACCAGUCCAGUGUCUCUGAAUUUUUUCUACGAGGAAUAUCAGGGUUCCCAGAGCAACAGCAGCUACUCUAUGGACUUUUUCUGUGUAUGUAUCUUGUCACCUUGACUGGGAAUGUGCUCAUCAUCCUGGCCAUUGGCUCUGACCCACACCUUCACACCCCUAUGUACUUCUUUUUGGCCAACUUGUCCUUUGCUGACAUGGGUUUAAUAUCAUCUGCAGUGACCAAGAUGUUGUUUAAUGUUCAGACUCAGCGCCAUACCAUCUCCUAUACUGGUUGCCUCACACAGAUGUACUUAUUCAUGAUGUUUGGUGAUCUGGACAGCUUCUUCCUGGCUGUGAUGGCCUAUGACCGCUAUGUGGCCAUCUGUCACCCUCUCCACUAUUCCACAAUCAUGAGUGUCCGAGUCUGUGCCCUGAUGCUUGCCCUGUGCUGGGUUCUUACCAACAUAGUUGCCCUGACUCACACUCUCCUCAUGGCUCGACUGUCCUUCUGUGUUGUUGGGGAAAUAGCUCACUUUUUCUGUGACAUUACUUCUGUCAUGAAGCUUUCAUGCUCAGACACUCAUGUCAAUGAGUUAGUGCUUUCUGGCUUUGGAGGUACAGUGCUCAUGGUCCCCUUUGUAAGCAUUGUCAUCUCUUAUGUCCACAUAGUAUUUGCUGUCCUUAAGGUCCAGACUUCUGGUGGGAGUUCAAAGGCCUUUUCUACUUGUAGUUCCCACCUCUGUGUGGUCUGUGUUUUCUAUGGAACACUCUUCAGUGUCUAUCUAUUCCCUUCCUCUGGAGAGACCACAGAGAAGGAUGUUGUAGCAGCUGCAAUGUAUACAGUGGUGACUCCUAUGUUGAACCCCUUCAUCUAUAGUCUAAGGAACAAGGACAUGAAAGGAGCCCUAAAGAGGCUUCUUUGUCAUAGGAGAAAUUUAUCUUCUUAG